GCGCACAAAAUUAAUUUCUCUCUCUUUACGUGUUUGUCUUUUCUUUUAUCUAAAAUAAUAAUGUUAGUAAAAAUAAUAAUUAUCUCCCUAUAUUAAUUCUCAGGAAAAAAAAAGUUAUUCAUAAAUUAAAUUUAUUCGUCUCAAUCAUCCGAUCAUCCACAAGCAAAAGCUACCGGUUUCUUCACCGGCAAAACUUCUCCGAUACUGGGGACUUGAUAUAAUCUGAAGAAAGUAGAAUCUAUGGACUAUUUACUCAUGGAUUAAGAAAAGACAUCAUUUUUGAGCAUUGGAAUGGAAGGGGUCAAUGAAUAUUGAUGAUUCAUGUGACCGACUCCGUCUCCAGUUUGGAAGUGAACCGUAGUUGUAGUUCUUUAUCGCACACUAUCCUCCCCAGAUCCUACAAGUGGGAUCAUACUGGUAUAUCACUCAGCCGCAGAGUUAAAGACCUUGCAAGGACCUGAAGACAUAAUACUUUUCCUUUGUGGCUGACCAGAUUUGAGUGAGACUCACUUGUUCAUGCUAGGGAAGCUGGCGGCUUAUUAUUGUCAGAUGAAGGAUAUUGCCCUAGAUUCAUAAGAAUGGGUUUCCUGGGCUAAAUAGUUCAUACUAGGGCUUUGUUGGAGUUGAUUUGAGCUUAAUAUUGGGCAUGUGAUCAAAUUCCAUUUCUAUUGGCAUAUCUUGUUUUGACACGACAUAAGUUGAUGUGAGGGCUUGGGAUGAGGACAUAUUGCAAGUACAGGGUAUUUAUUUGGUGGAUAGCUAAAUAGCUUUGCUAAUGUAUAGAACCUCACGCAUACAUGAUGUUGCAAACAACUUUCUGGUCAAUCUGGCAGGUUAUGAAGAGAUAUCAUUCUUAUGGUGUUCUUAUCAAGAUUGAUUAGACUGAGCUGCUCUUAUUGCAUCUCUUACCCUUAAACCUUUUGAGUGUGAAGAGCUCAUAGGAAAUAGGUUCUGCUAUUCUUGCAGAAUUAAUGACCUACCGAAAGAUGCUUCUUGAUGAGGUGAGAAGUAGUUGAAAACCUGAAGUCAUUUAGACGCUGCCACUUAUUGGGGGGUGAGAGUUUGUUGAAAAACUGAAGUUCAUUUUACAGGCUGCCAUUAACUGUGGGGAGAGCAUUUCUGGAAAACCUGAAGUUCAUUCUACAGGCUGCAGCUAACUUUCUGAUUAGUUGUGGGAUUCCUUUUAACUGCUGGUAGUAUGGGGCCACUUUCACUUGGAAAGACUGUCUUGCUUAUGCCAUUUUUAUUGAUGAUAGGAGAUGAAGUUCUUGCUGACCAUGCUGCUUCCAGAGCACAUUUUUGACUGGUAUUUGUUUACUUUUUCUGGAAUGGUGGAUCUGUUGGUAGUGACACGGGGGCAGAUGUGUACGAUCUUGUCUGUGAAUACUUUGGAUUGUUUGCUGGUGAAUAGAACUGAAUGGUGCACAGUUUGAGUGUGUUGCAACUUUAUUACAAUAUCCCUUCUAAGGUUCAGGGUAGAGAUGCUGAGCAGAUACUGUAAUGCUCAAUAGAUGCAACAUUCACAGUUUUGAGUGUGUUGCAACUUUAUUACAAUAUCCCUUCUAAGGUUCAGGGUAGAGAUGCUGAGCAGAUACUGUAAUGCUUAAUAGAUGCAACAUUCUCUCUAUUUUCUCAAUGACAGCUGGUUUUAUCCUGAUUCAAUUGUAUGCUGGUAAUUCCUUUAAUUGAGCCUAUUGAGCUAGUGUUCCUGUGCUCCUUUGGAGUCUUAGGUUGUAAUCUUACUCUAUUGAUGGCUUAGUUCGAAAUAGAGUGAGAGCAAUCCUGAUCAAUUUAUUCUCUGAAUGGCAUCACAAGGCAGAGCUGGGGUCCAAUGGAAGGUACAUUUUCGUAGUUGUACCACUACGAUGUAGCACAUUGAUGCUAGUAUAUUGCUAAGUGUGCUGCAACUCCGUAGAACACUUAAACAUAAUGUUGCUUGGUCUACGGAAUAUUGGAGGACAACUAUCAUAGUUGGUUGUGAUGAAUGAGAAAACACGCGUAUUACCAGUUAGCCUCUGUAUUUAUGGUUGAGCUCCCAUUGAUGUAAGAAAGUUCUCUAACUAGUAACACAUCUAUAGCUUGGAUGAGUUGUAUCUAGUUCUUUGGGGCUCAUUGGUACCUGUCACUAUUCAUCCUUUUGUACUACCCACAAUCUUCAUGAGGUGGUGCCUCUUAUAUUUCACUUUGCAAGUAGAUGCAAUGAUGGAAGCUUUUAAAGCCAUUUCACAGUUUUUGCUUCUAUCCCUAUUUUGCACUCUCAACAUUUUGUACUAAACUUAGUCAAUCAUGAAGCAUAUCUGGUACUGUUAACAAAUUUAUUUCUUUACUUUCUCCCUCUGACAAGAUUAUUCUUAGCUAAUCUCAUACCAUCAUUAUCCAUUUACUUUUCUAUCUCUCUGACAAGCCAACUUGUUUUGGUGCAUUUCAUACAAAAGAUUGCAAUUGCUUCUUUCUAAACUCUCAUAUGCUCUUUUACACUGGUACAUCUCAUAAAAGCAACAUUAAUAAGUGUUUCCAGAGACACUCUCGUACUCCUCCCCCACCCUUUGCUCUUCGUCCUGCAUUUCUCUGAGUUCUGAACCUUGAAACAGUCAUUAUCAGAAAGAUUGACGGACACAAAAAUUGUAGUGGCUUCUCCUUAAUGGAACAUAUUUCAGUGAGACUGCCAUGGGAUGAGGGAAACCAAAUUGGCCAUGUCUAUUUGGUGGUAUGGCUCGUCAAAGCAUUAAGGAUAUGCUAGUGACCUGCAAACAGAGGGGAACAAAAGAAGAGGAAGGAAAAAAAAAUACCUACAAGGAUCCUAAUAAUAACUUAUUUCUGGAGUACUCCGAAAAGGAGGUGGCAGAUUUCUUUUCGCGGAGAGAUAAAUUUAUUGCUUACUUUCACGUACAAUGGGGCACAGAAAUUCAUUCAACACGCCUCCAAUAUUUGGGACGGAAGAUGAUCAGAGAUGGAACAUUCCAGAGCAGGCACCUUUGCCUUACGCAAGGACUGGUGUUCCGGAAAGCAGUAAUAUUGUUUAUCCAGUGGAUAGUAUGUCAAUUGACGGGGCACACCAUUCUUCUCAGGGGCAUGGCUCUAGGCCAAGUGGAUAUUCUUCCUUGAAUCCAAAUAUGGAAAUUCCACACUGUCAGCCACAGGUUCAAGGUCCUCUUCAUGACCCUUUUCUACAUUCAGGUACUGGAGGCUUUCAUAUGAUCCAUGAGAAUUAUCCACAUCAAGCAUCUUCAUCAGCCCAUGGUGGCCAGACAUAUCAUGGGGUGGAUGGUGGCCUUGUUGACCUCACAAUGGGUAGUGGGAGAGGGCCGUACAAACGAAAGAGUCCUGGUAUACCUGCAGGUGGCGAAAGUGGUAGUACAAGCAGAUACUUUGAUGCUGGCAGUUCAUCUGAUCUCCCUUCUGAAUCUUGGCAGGAGAAACAAAAUCCAGACCCCCAUUACACAACUUGGGGUUUACAUCCUAAUUACCGAGGUAAUAGUCUGUCUAUUGGAGGUGAGGGUUCUCAGAGGAAUGUAAGAAGCAGAGCUGCAUUUGACCUGCAAAAUAAUGUAGGAAGGGCUCAUAUAACAAGUACUCCUUCACAUCACUCUAACAGCAGUAGAACAUCCACUGAUUAUUGUAAUUCAGUGAAUUAUCUAGCUCCAAGUUCGAAUUCUUCAGCAAGGGAAUGGAACCAUACUGUCAUGCCCCCUGCAGCUGCCCAUGGGAGGAACUUCGCUCCUGAUGCAAGCUUCUUUUGUUAUGAUAUGAACCACUAUGAUAUGGUUACCGGCAAUAUCUCUACCUCUCUGGAGAUGGGGAAUUACCACAAUGAUUUCACCUCCAACAGAACUUCCCUUCCUCAGCAUUUACCUGGCAGCUUGCCAUCUUCAAGGGGAGUCAGAAGUAGCUAUAGUCAAAGAUCUUCCCCUACUUUUAGGACUUCUUCAAGCUAUUUGCGUCAUGGGCAUGUUGGGACUUCAGAUGACGGAUCACAGUUGUUUGCUGAAGGUUACUCCUCAAGACAUUCACGACCAUUGUCUACUCUAGGACUGCGUAGUAGUGACCGAAAUGGGAGAACUAGGGUAUCCAGUGAUAGGUACAGAUCGUUGGCUGGUGAGGCAGGUUUCCGUGAGCAAGUUGCAUCUGAGGGCGUGAUUAUUCCAGACCGCUCUACUUAUUAUGGGUCCAGAAGCAUGUUUGACCAGCAUAGGGACAUGAGACUUGACAUUGACGACAUGGGCUAUGAGGAGCUUCUGGCUCUGGGAGAAAGAAUUGGCCAUGUCAAUACUGGCUUGUCGGAGGAACUGAUUUCAAAGUGCAUGACCGAGUCAAUUUAUUGUUCCUCAGGCCAAAAUCAUGAGGAAGGAAAUUGUGUUAUCUGUCUGGAAGAGUAUGUUAACAUGGAUGAUGUCGGGACGUUGAAAUCGUGCAUCCAUGAUUUUCAUGUUGGAUGCAUAAGAAGAUGGCUGUCAAUGAAGAACGUGUGUCCAAUCUGCAAGAAAACUGCGUUGGAUGACGACGAUCUGAAGGAAAAAUGAUUUAUUUAGCCAUGACUUGCUGGGCAUUGAACUUGUGUAAAUAUGUAUUUAGAACAUUUCUCAAAUGGGGGGAAAACUAGUAUCACCUCAUAAGUUUGUACAGAAAAUGUUUUUCAUGUCAUUAGUCGUUUCUUUCAAAUGUCUAAAGAAUCUCCUUAUUACC